UCUUGAGAGCCUUAUUGACCCCAGUCAAGUUGCUAUUACCAUCAUUAUUCUGAUUUGAGUUUCUUGUGUACUUCUCAUUGCUAUAGAGGAAGAAGAAGAGAAAGUAGUAGUUUAUCCACUACUCACCAGAUAAAGCUAAGAGAUCAGAAAAAAAUAAGAAGAACAAAAAAGCAUACACAGAUCUAGAACACCAUGCCCAAGUCUAUUAUACCCCUAGUCGAGUUCUUGAAGAAUCGAAUCUAUCUCGGUGCUUAUGAUUACACACCAACUGAUACACAAGAUUUGGUUUAUUUCACGGUGGAGGAAGCACUCCCCUUUAAUGCAUUCCAUUUGGAUUUCGGUCCUUUACAUAUCGGUCAUUUAUAUCGUUUUGCAGUAGUUUUACAUAACAUUUUGAACGAAGAAUCUAACCAUGGUAAGGCUAUCGUGUUGUACAGUACCACAUCACCCAAGGAAAGAGCUAACGCUGCAUGUUUGCUUUGUUGCUACAUGAUUCUUGUUCAAUCAUGGCUGCCUCAUCAAGUGUUACAACCUAUUUCUCAAAUUGAUCCUCCACUUCAAAGUUUUAGAGAUGCUGGAUACUCUAAUGCUGAUUUUGAAAUUACCAUUCAAGACGUAGUCUAUGGGAUGUGGAGAGCCAAGGAAAGAGGAAUGGUUGACUUAACAAGCUUCAAUUUGGAAGAAUAUGAACAAUAUGAAAGAGUUGAUCAAGGAGAUUUCAAUGUUAUCUCCAAAGAUUUUAUAGCAUUUGCAUCUCCACAACAAUCAAGAAAAUCUGGUAACGUUUUGAAUGAACCAUUUAAAAAGGUUCUUAAUUAUUUUAUUGCUAAUGAUGUUCAACUUGUGGUUAGAUUAAAUUCUCAUUUAUAUGAUGCCCAAGAAUUUACCAAGAGAGGAAUUCAACAUAUCGAUAUGAUAUUUGAUGAUGGGACAUGUCCAACGUUGGAAUACGUUCAUAAGUUCAUUGGAGCUGCUGAAUGUGUUAUUAAUAAAGGAGGUAAGAUUGCCGUACAUUGUAAGGCAGGAUUGGGGAGAACUGGAUGUUUAAUUGGAGCACAUUUAAUCUAUACCCAUGGAUUUACUGCUAAUGAAUGUAUUGGAUAUAUGAGAAUGGUACGUCCAGGAAUGGUUGUUGGACCACAGCAACAUUGGUUAUAUUUACAUCAAAAUGAUUUCAGAGAUUGGAGACAUACCAUGUGUUUGGACAAUCGUCCAGAUGAAUUUAUUGGAGGAUUAUAUUCUCUUACUCUGUAUGAAGAAUUUAAACAUAGAUUAAAGCAAGAAGCCAAACAAAGGAAAUUACAACAUAGUCAACAAGUGAAUUCAUCGCUUAGUCAUCUUGAUCUGUCAUUCCAAACCCCAAUUAGAAGGAGAAAGAUUAGUGGAGCAUUAGCUGCCAAGAUUCAAACAGCCGUACCAAAUGAAUCUCCAGGUCAACCAAGAAAAUAUAAUGAACGAGAUGACGAUGAACCAGUGAAUCCAACCAAUUCUGAGAUUCAUAAUAAUAGUGAUGAAGAAAAGGAAACCAGAUAUGAUGGAUCAGUAGAGAUUCAAAGUCCUCCACGCAGGAAUGAAUCUAAUACUGGAAGUGAUUGGAAAGUAUUAAGAUCAAUAUCUGUGAACAAUGGGAUUCUGGUAACAAAGAGUCGUACCACUAGCAAUUCAUAUACAUCACCCAUGAAUUCUCCACAUGGGAGUAUAAAGCUUCCCAAGUCAAGAUCAAGUUCAUCGAGAGUGGCGUCAUCGGGAGGGAUUCAACCCAAGGCGGGGCAUUUGCACAAAUCACCAGUUGGUAAGAAGAUAGCCAGUGGGACUGGGCGGAAAAUAUAG